AUGUCGAACUUGCUCUCUGGUCUUUGUAUCUCAAAGUCGGGUAUAGACCUCCACUGCAUCUCCUCAAAAGACGGCUCUUUCGAGAGCUCAGGAAACGAACCUCUUCAUGUGAUGGUGUCGACGUCGCUAUCCACGUCGCUCGCGGCUCUCUUCAGCGCCCAUCCCAGUGAACUCACGGUCCUCACACUGCCAACGCAAUUGAAUGCCCGUGAGAGGUACCUCAUUGAAGCCACAGUGAAGGCCGAGGGGAUCAACAGCCGCUUCGUUUUCGACCACAUCGACGCCUACAUAGCGGGGAUGACGCUGACGGAGCUCCUCAACACGGGGAUUUUUUUAUUCAUCGAGGCAACACCAACGAGUUUCACCGCGCGGCUCCUGAAUAUUCGCCAUCAAGGGUCCCAACGGAUCCAACAUCCUAUCCGAACCCACACCGUCUCCGGAAGUUCUUUCCGCUCUCUAGUAGAGCUCAUUGGUCAGGUCAUAGCAUGGAUGUUGCUCCAGAACUGCAAGCUUUCCAGGGUAGUCUUCCUCGACAUAGACCGUAAGACUGCACGCGUGGCCUUGUCACACAUCACCAUCCCUUGCCCCAUGUUUCACGCAUGUGGCGCUGACCUCGCACGUUAUGCUGCUGCGUACGCAUUUGCUCAUGCUGAGGAGCUCCGUGAACCCGAUGACCCUAGCCCUACAAGUAUGGGAAUGACCAUCGGCAUGCCUAUGGCACCCAGUCCUAUCUCCAUCCUCACUGCCGAUGGCACUCCAUUUCAAAUUGUGCCCGGUCAUGAUUGCCUCCCAAUAGGCCAAAGCGUCCUCCUCACCACUGCACGCGACAAUCAGUCCCGCGUCGCUGUGGAACUGGUGCUAGGGAACCAUACGGCCGAGAUCCGCAAUGUAUCCUCUAGAGUGGUCCUGGAUGGGCUGAGGCCAAUGCCCAAAGGCCAGCCACGUAUUUGGGUCACGGUUAUGAUCACAGCUGGUCAGCAAGGAAGCAAAGUUGAAGUCUUGCAAGAGAUCAAGGGGGCACCACCAGCUGCGAGGAUAGAGGUCCAGCUUCCUUCGCCCUUCGUAGGGCUCCCGACUGACAAGAUACAAGCUUAUGUGAGGGGUGAUCAACGGACACACGCUGCUGCUGUCAUUCGCGCACUCCCAGAGGAUUGA